AUGGGUGGUGGCAAACGUGUGGCCAGAGUGCGAAUAGGCAAAGUACCCCCAGAGCUGGAAGAAACAUGGCUGAUGACAGCAAUAAUGUUCAAUAUUAAGGAAGAGGCCAAGAUACUGAAGGCCACAAGAACACAAAGUAUUGACUACUGGGGAUAUGGAAUUGAACUCACUAUCCAGGCAACAGUGGAAGAUUUAAAUAGAAUCGAUGAGGACAUAGUGCUGCCCGACGACCUAAGAUUGAGAGUGAAAGUGGAGGGCAGGCCGCCUACAUGUUUUGCAUGUGGCGAGAAAGACCACAUGAAGGCGAGAUGCCCGCAGAGAGAACAGACAGAAAAGCAGGAGAACACGAACCAGGUAGUACAGGCAGAGACAGAAGAAAAUACAACGGAGGAGGGAUUCACGGUAGUGGAAAGAAAACGGAGAAGUGGAAGAACGAACUCGCCACCAGAGAACCAGAAAAAGAAGAAAGAAGAGGUGGAAAAGAAAGCUGUGACCAGAGGGAAGGCAGACGAAGAGGUGACGGAGCAAGAAAGAGAGAAGGCAACUACUAAACAGGUGGAUUUACAGAAGGAGGGAACAGUGAGAAGGACGCAGGUUUCCCCAGCGAAGGAAGAAGAUUCGAGAGUUCAAACAUGCGAGGAUGAAAUGGAGAAAUGA